GGGACGCAGUCGGUGGCGGCCGCUUCGGGGAGCCGCUACCGCUCCGGAGCCGCUCCCCGAGUCGGGCUCCUUCAGUUUCCCCCGCGGAGUCCACGGGUGUGCUCGGGAAGUUCAUUCCUCCUCACAGACUUGGCGGGAGCCGCAGGCUCGUCUCAGCAGACGCGGAUGGCCAUGGUCCCUGGAUCUGCCCACUAGCAGACUACGAUGUCUCGAGAGGGAGGAUCAUGCCGCGUGGGCACAGGGGCCAGGGUACGGUCACGGAAGCCCAAGAAACCACACUACAUCCCUCGUCCCUGGGGCAAGCCUUACAACUACAAGUGCUUCCAGUGCCCCUUUACCUGCCUGGAGAAGUCACACCUAUACAACCACAUGAAGUACAGCCUCUGCAAAGACUCCCUCUCACUGCUGCUGGACUCCCCUGACUGGGCGUGCCGCCAUGCACCCUCCUCACCCAAGCCCCGGGUGCCCACCCCUGACUGCCCUGGGGAUCCUCCAGGCCCUGGUAUCCAGCCCUCUCUGCCCAAUCUUGUCACUGACAGCCUCUCCUGGCGCCGCUGUGGUGGGGGUCCCAAUCCUGGGGCUGAGGGGUCCCCAGGGCCACUGGCCCCUUUGACUAGGGCCUCCCGGAAGGGUCCAGACCCCACCGGGCUCCUAGUAGAGUCAUGGAAGCCAGGGCUGGGUGGUGGCCCAAGGAGCAUGGCCCUGGGGGCGGUGAGGGCCAUGGCCUCGGCAGGUCCUGAGACCAGCAUCCCCUGCUACCCACCUCCUCCUCCAGGCGACCUCCCUGAGGCCCACAGCCUGCAUCUGUCUCUUCUGGGUAUCAACUACCCCCUUGGCCCAGGCCUCUUCUCCUACCUGGGGCCCUCACUGGCUGCUACUGCUCACAUGCCCUUUCUGGCCUCAGCCAGCCCCCUGCUACCCCCAGCCACUGCUAUGCCAGCCCAGCAGCCCCCUGAGCGCCAGACCCUGACUCCCCACCUAUACUAUCCACUACUGCUAGAGCACAGAGUAGGGCUGCCCCCAGGUAGGGCAGACCAGGCCAAGCCCUCUGUGCCCCACAAGGGGCCCUCUGGAACUCUGGCUCCUGAGCUGCUGAAGGUGCCUAUCCCAGGGCUGGUGGGAGCCUGGGCCCAUAGCACCACCAGGGACCCAGGGCAGGAGGGUGAGCUGGAGGGAGCUACCCAGAGUGACCCCCAGAGGAGGCUGCCUCCAAGGAGCAGGCUGGAGCUCCAGAAGGCCUCCUCAAGCCUGGCAAAGUUCCAUCCCCAGAGCAGCCUGUCGACUGGCUCUUCCCUGAUGCUCUGGCCUGAGGACAAGGAGCUGAGUGACCCUGAGGCCCCAGGCCUGGAGGUCCCCCUCCCCCAGCAGCCAGGAGGCCUGGUGCUGGGCAGCACAGGGCCUGUGGGAAAGGACCUGACCCAGGCCCUGGGUGACUACACCAGGGUGGAGCAGUGCCUGGGGCAGCUGGCCCCAGCUGGAGGCCUGGCCCCCCGACCUCUGCGGGAGCAGCUGAGUAAGAUCCGCCGUGAGCUUCUGACCAUUCACCAGGCCCUGGAGCAGGCAGCACAGCCACCGGACAUGCCCCUCGACCUCUCUGUGAAACGGGUGGCCUCCAAGGGAGCUGAGGCCACAGCAGGGCCCUGGGGGCUGUCCAAGCAGGCCCCAAGCAUCCUGAGCCCUGCAGCGCCUCAGCCCUUCUCUGGCCAUACCACCAAGUGCGAGGCUGACUCCAGUGUCCCACCCCCUGGUCUUUCCUUCCAGGGCCCCGAGGACCCUGUCAUUCCUGGCGGUGGCUGGAGCACCUGUGUCAGGGCUAGGGGCUCCCAGACCCCUAAGGAUGUCCCUGGCCUGCAGAGUCCCCCAAGUGCUGAGGUCUGACCAUGGCCCCCUUAGCAUGCUGACCCUGCUCCCCAACCCCAGCCCCACUGCCUAGGCCUGUCCAGCCUCAGGCUGCAUGUGGAUGGACCCCAAAGUGCAUUGUGAGGCUUGUUUCUGGGGCCACAUGGGAAUAGUUGGGUCAUGGUUAUUAAUUGAUCACAGUUGUGGACAUUAAAGUGGAAGUCACCUU